AUGGGAAAAGCUGAUAAGAUAUUGGACGAAACAGCAAAUUCAACAAGCGAGACUAUUCAAGUCAUACAAGAACUCAAUACCGUUAUAAACCCAGGAGGGGCCCCGUCAUGUCCGAGCUCUGUAGGAGACCAUUUCAAAUUAGCUUUAGGAACCGUAGGCACCUUAGGAGAGGCUGUCGGGCCCUUUCUUCCUUUGAUAGCGGCAGUUACUACACUUACAGCUCAAAUUGUGAAAGCUUAUGAAAAUGCUCAGUAUAAUAAGAAAUCAUGCGCAGCUUUGAUCCAAAGGGUACAAGCCGCCGAAGUAGCUGUUCAAGCAUUAAAUCGUCGUAAACAAGAAAAUGAGAAAAAUUUUCGUAAUCAAAAUUAUUAUUUCCAUUUUGAAAGAUUUGUCGCUACUUUGAGAGAUAUUAAGGGUUAUAUUCAAGAUGUAACCAUUUUAUCAGGUUACAGAAAAUUUAUUUCAAGUGGUGCUAUUAAAGAAAGGUUUCAACAAUUGAAAGAUGUUAAUAUUUUACAAGAAGAUAUUGAAGAAAUGACAAAAUUCUUGCAAAAAAUUGAAGGUGGUGUGACAACUAUAGAUAAAAAAAUUAGUAAUGUUCUCGAGCAUAUCUUAACUUUAAAAGGAAAGUCAUUCGAAAAAGAUUUUAAUCCUACUAUCAAACACAUUCAACCAAAUGAAUUAAUAGAUCCACCUAAUAAUCCAACAUCUUCUACACGUAAUAAGCAGGUCAAGAUACAAAAAAAACGUUAUAGGGGUCUAGAUGUGGCAUGUAAAGUAAUCGUCUUUCCUACCGAAGAAAAUAAUAAAUCCGAUUCAAGCCUUUACUUCACGAUAAAAGCUAUAUUUGAGAAUUUGAAAUUUUAUUCGACAUUUCGUGCUUUACAAGAUGACACUACUAAUAUUGGAAAUAUUACACAAAUCGUCCGUUGGCUAGCUCCCGAGAAAAUGAAUUCAAAGAAAUUGAAUCAGCACAUUAGUGCAGUCAGCAAUCCACAAUCACAACCGUCUAAGAAAGAUGAUGCUAAAAAAGAUAAAAACAAAGAUGAUGAUUAUGUUCCUUAUACCAUUCAAUGUGAAAUAUUUAGUUUUGGAAUGUUACUUUGGGAAUUGGCUUUUCAGAAAUUUCCAUAUAAAGAUUGGGAGAUUUCUCGAAUUCAGGAACAUGUAUUAAAAGGCGAAAGAGAAAUGUUACAUUUUCCUUUAAGUCAAUAUGGUCAAAUUGAAAAGAAAUUUGGCAACAUUAUCAAAGCUGCUUGGCAGCAAGAUCCUUCUCUUCGUCCCGAAUUAAAUUAUUUAUUUAACGAUCUCGAACAGUUAAGUGCUCCUUUGCCUAUACUUUCACCAGGAUUAAUCGCCAAAAAAACUAGUGAAGAAGACAUAAAACCUAUUGAAACAAAGCAUCGAGAAUCAUCAUCUUAUGAAAGUUUUGAUUUGCCAAGUACACCAGAUUUCGAUUUAGAUCAAAUUGUUAUGCCAAUGAUGAAACUUGAAGACGGAAUAACAGCUCAUAAAAAUGGAGAUAAGAAAAAAGCCUAUGAAUGCUUUAAAAAUCAUUCUGACAUAGGUAACAAAGUAGCAAAAUAUUGGUUAGGCUAUUAUUAUUGGGAAGGCUAUGUCGUUAAGAAGUCGCCGGGAAAAGGAGCUGAAUUAUUCAAAGAAGCCGCUGAUAAAGGGGUUCCUGAUGCUCAGUUAAGAUAUGCGUUUGCUUUAUCGGAUAAAAACAGUCCACUUACGUUUAAUUUAGAUGAAUUUGUAAAAUAUUUAUCCAUGGCUGCUGAUAAUGGAAAUACUGCUGCUCAAUUUAAUUUGGGUGAUUUAUUUUAUAAUGGUAAAUUAGGUGUACCAAAAGAACCACAAAAAGGUUUGAGUUAUUUAAAAUUGGCUGCUAUUAAAGGUCAGCCAAAAGCUCGUGCUAUGCUAGAUAAAUUAGAUAUUAAUUAUUAUGUUCAAGAUGAUGAAUCUGAUUAUAAAUCAUCAAAUCCCAUGCUUCCAAGUGAUUCUCGAGCGCGGCUAACCUUAGAAAUUUAA